CGGAAGCCCUGCUGCCCCGCUUCCUGGUUCGUGCGCAGCUUUCGAUCCCUUGCUAUCUCGACCCUUGUCUCGUACCUGCAGCUGCGGCAUUCUUCCUAGAAUUAGCGAUCCCAUCUCCUGUUUUCCUGAUGCUUCCCUGACCUUACUCGUAUCUCCACCGAGGACCGCGGACUUCAUUUCCGCCACUACCUCAAUACUUCCGGGACCUCCGGAAGCGGCCCGUUGCCAUGGCGACCGUGUACACAACCAGGCAGCUGCGCGCGCGGGUUUUCCUUCGCAGCAGUUGCAGUGGUGGUGCUGCGGCAGGACUGCUGCCUCCGGAGCGUAGUGACCGAGGAUGGACCCACAUGUGGAGAUGCAGCGCCCCUCUGACUUCCAGCCAUGACCGUCCCCACCAACCACCGUUUCUUGGGCACCUGCUCUGUGCUGGGUACUGCUGUGGACCUUGAGGGGGGAUUCACAUAAAAGGCACAGUCCUUUCCCCCAGCAGCUUGUCAUGUCAUUGGGGAGCCGAAACCCGCUCAGAUGAUGUGGCGUAAGAACAGUAACAAGCAUCUCACGAGAAUGAGCACGAGGAAAAAAGUGCACGCGUUUGUCCGUGUCAGACCCACCGAUGACUUUGCUCAUGAAAUGAUCAGAUACGGCGACGACAACAAAGUAAGUGCGACGCGUGUGCCCUCACCGCCUCUCUCGGUCCCGCCUCGCUCGCUCGGGGUGAUCAGACGGGGACGGGUGAAAGCCCAGCAGGACUCCAGGGUCCCCCAGGCCCAGCCAUUCCCCUGCGAUGCUGUUGGUGAGGAAACUCCGCACUCCCGGUUUCCGUCGUCGUCUAGGUUAAUAAGUUUCCCUUUAGCCCUGGCCGGUUCGGCUCAGCGGGUAGAGGUGGUUGGUAGAAAUCUGCCCAUCCCAGACAUGGAGCAUCCGUUCGGCAAAGCAAGCUCUGGUUUCCAUGGCACCGCAGUGCCUGGCACCAUCAUGUGUUAUGGGCAGACAGGCGCUGGCAAGACUUACACCAUGACCGGGACCACGGAGAACUACAGGCACCGAGGGAUCCUGCCCCGGGCCCUGCAGCAGGUUUUCAGGAUGAUCGAGGAGCGCCCCACGCAUGCCAUCACCGUGCGUGUCUCCUACCUGGAGAUCUACAACGAGAGCCUGUUCGACCUCCUGUCCACGCUGCCCUACGUGGGGCCCUCGGCCACGCCCGUGGCCAUCGUGGAAAACCCGCACGGGGUCUUCAUUAAGGGCCUGUCGGUCCACCUCACCAGUCAGGAGGAGGACGCCUUCAGCCUCCUCUUUGAGGGAGAAACCAACAGGAUCAUCGCCUCCCACACGAUGAACAAGAACUCGUCCAGGUCCCACUGCAUCUUCACCAUCUACGUGGAGGCCCGUUCACGGACCUUGUCGGAUGAAAAGUACAUCACUUCCAAAAUUAACUUGGUGGACCUAGCAGGCUCGGAACGGCUGGGCAAGUCUGGGUCCGAGGGCCGCGUCCUGAAGGAAGCCACCUACAUCAACAAGUCGCUGUCCUUCCUGGAGCAGGCGAUCAUCGCCCUCGGGGACCAGAAGCGGGACCACAUCCCCUUCCGGCAGUGCAAGCUCACCCACGCCCUCAAGGACUCGCUAGGGGGAAACUGCAACAUGGUCCUGGUGACGAACAUCUACGGAGAAGCCGCCCAGCUGGACGAGACGCUGUCCUCGCUGCGGUUCGCGAGCAGGAUGAAGCUGGUCACCACAGAGCCUGCCGUCAACGAGAAGUACGACGCGGAGCGGAUGGUCAGAACCUGGAGAAGGAGCUGGUGCUGCUCAAGCAGGAGCUGGCCAUCCACGACAAUAAUCAACCUCAGACAGAUCCAGGAGGUGUUCAACCAGUUCCGGGUGGUUCUGACCCAACAGGAGCAGGAGGUGGAAGCCGCUUUGCGCCGGAAGUACACCCUCAUAGACAAGAACGACUUUGCAGCCAUUUCUGCUGUCCAGAAGGCAGGGCUUAUGGAUGCUGACGGCCACCUGGUGGGUGAGUCUGACGGACAAGGCUUUGGACUUGGGGUUGCCUCUUACUCUAGCAAACCUGGGAAGAAAACCAAGUCCAAGAGGACACUGAAAGAGCAGCUCAGCUCCCCGGCAAAAAAGGAAGGUGGCAGCAGCCCUGUGAGCGGCAAGGAUAUGGAUGUCUCCACCUCCAAGACCCAGCUGACCCCACUCUCCAAGGAGGGGGACGUCAAGGACAUGAUUCUGCGGGACCGGGAGACCUCCAACAUCGAGACCCUCCCCUCGGACUCCCCCAAGGAGGAGCCACGCCCACUCAGGCCCAGCACCCCACCCUCCAAGCCUGUGGCCUUUGAGGACUUUAAGAACGAGCGAGGUAGUGAGAUCAACCGCAUCUUCAAAGAAAACAAGUCCAUCUUGAACGAGCGGAGGAAAAGGGCCAGUGAGACCACACAGCGCAUCAACGUCAUCAAGAGGGAGAUCGACGUCACCAAGGAGGGACUGAGUGCCCAGAGGUCCCUGCGGGAGAAGCAGGGUGAGUAUGAGAAGAAGGGGCUGAUUAUCAUCGAUGAAGAGGAGUUCCUGCUGAUCCUGAAGCUCAAAGACCUCAAGAAGCAGUACCGUGCGGAGUACCAGGACCUGCGUGACCUGAGGGCUGAGAUCCAGUACUGCCAGCACCUGGUGGACCAGUGUCGCCACCGCCUGCUCACAGAAUUUGAAAUCUGGUACAAUGAGUCCUUCUUCAUCCCCGAGGACAUGCAGGCGGCCCUGAAGCCGGGCAGCAGCAUCCGGCCGGGCAUGGUGCCUCUCAGCAGGAUUGUGUCUCUGGGAGAAGACGACCAGGACAAGUUCAGCCAGCUGCAGCAGGACGUGCUGCCCGAGGGCCCGGAGUCCAUCUCCUUCUACAACGCCAAGGUCAAGAGAGAACAGAAGCACAGCUACUUGAAAUCCACGCUGGGCCUCCCGAAGGCACAGAGGAAGUAGGAGCUCCUCGCAGCGCCCUGCCUGCUCCAGGGGAGCUGCCCACCACCCCCCGGCCCGGCCAGUCUGCUCCAGGCUGGCCGAGCCCAGAGGACACGCAGCGGCCGGCCUGCCAGGAGGGACAUCCCCCAGAGGGGGCUCAUCUUCACAGGACGCUUCUGGUUUCGAUUCACUGUCUCCUAUGCAGGGACCAGAUAAAACGGCUUAUCGUC